UGAAGGCAAAUUACAAAAAAGUUUAAAUGUUUUCUAUUUUUAUAACGAAUAAACAUUUUUAAGAUGCAAGGAAAAUGGAUAUGAAAAAUAUGGAAAGUAAACUGUAUGAUGUAUAUAAGUUAUUAUAUGAUAUUAAUAAAAAUGAAAUUCCAAUACAAAUUUAAGCCCGGAACACGUUUUGUCAUGUUUACGAAAGCGGAAUAUGUUUUUAUUCUCAGAGACAAAAAAAUGAAUACUAACAACAACUACGACAAUAACAAUAUUUUAUAAACUUUAGAUAUUGAUUUAAUUUUAAAAGAAGUAAAAAAAAAAUUUUUAAAAACCAAACCCAUCCAUUCAAAUAUGGAACCAAAUGGUGACUGUUCAGGUCACAAUCGAAGACAUCCAGAUGCCAGCGGUGAUGGGAUUGGCAUUGGAAUUAGUCCCAGACAUUACCAAAUACCAAAAGAGGGCGAUUUUAUGAACAUGAAAUUGAAAGACUGUAUGUGGAAGGAUCAGAAAUUCCACCCACAAAGGUCUGAUAUUCUUUCUGAGUUCCAGCGCCACACAACCAAUAUCCAAUCUCUUAUGAAUGAAAAGAUAUUUGACAUUGUGGAAGCCUAUGAGAGACGGAUAAAGUUGUUGGAGAAGGAUCUAGAAUACUAUCAGAAGAAGCACCAAAGUAUUGAAGAAGAGGAAGGAUUUCUGAGCCAUAAGUCUGUUCUGCACAGGAAUCAGGAGAAGACCCUGAAAGACUAUGUCAAGAAAGUCAACCUGCUGGAAGCAAAACUGAAAAUGUUAGAGUUGGAAAAACAGUCAAGAGUGAGUACCAAGGACUCGAGGACGUCACCUAAUGCAUCUUGUCAUAAAUUUGUUGAUAAUGAGAGUUGUAAGGAGACACAACAAUCACACAAUGACAGGUUAAAUUUACAGGUAAGUUAA